UCGGGACCAUCCUGAACGGGGGCCUUCAGGUCGAUCACGUGGGCAGACUGUUGGAGCAGUUGCUGGGCAACCACAGCUGCUGCGGGUGGCACAGGCCAUGGAAAGGAAUGACAUCAUCGACUUCAAGGCUUUGGAGAAAGAGCUGCAGGCUGCACUCACUGCUGAUGAGAAGUACAAACGGGAGAAUGCUGCCAAGUUACGGGCAGUGGAACAGAGGGUGGCUUCCUAUGAAGAAUUCAGGGGUAUUGUCCUUGCAUCACAUCUGAAGCCACUGGAACGGAAGGAUAAGAUAGGAGGAAAGAGGACCGUGCCUUGGAACUGUCACACUACUCAGGGAAGGACCUCCCUGGAUGAAACCACUGAGAUCUGUCAGGAGAAAACACUGUUGCAGCCUGAGACCUCAGCAGAGUUCUACCGUGAUUGGCGGCGAUACUUGCGGAGUGGGCCAGAGCGCUACCAGGCACUGCUACAGCUCGGGGGUCCCAAGCUGGGACACCUCUUCCAGACAGAUGUGGGAUUUGGACUUCUAGGGGAGAUGCUGGUGGUGCUGGCUGAUCACGUGAGGCUGGCUGACCGGUCAUUGGUGCUAGGGAUCCUGCACAGCCUGGCCGGUACCGGGCGCUUCACCUUGAACCUGAGCCUGAUGAGCCAGGUGGAGAGACAGAGCUGCAGAAGCUUGUUUCAAAAGCUGCAAGCCAUGGGCGCCCCCAGGCCCGUGAAGGAGGGGCUCAGCCCGGAGGAGCGGGGUCUGGAGCAGCCUGGUGGGCUCCAGGAGGAGGAGAGGCUCCUGCAAGAGCUGCUAGGGCUGUACCAGGUGGAUUGAUAGGACCAGUUACCUUCAGAGGUCCCCAGUGG